UGAUGUUCCCCGGUGCUGGAGACGAGGGCAUCUUGGAGUACAAGUCUGUCAUCUACUACCAGAUCAAACAGCCUCGCUGGUUUGAAACCAUCAAGGUUGCCAUCCCUAUUGAAGACGUGAACCGAAGUCACCUGAGAUUCACCUUCCGUCACCGAUCAUCUCAAGAAUCCAAAGACAAAUCAGAGAAGAUAUUCGCCCUGUCAUUUGUAAAGCUGAUGAGGUACGAUGGGACGACCCUGAGGGACGGAGAGCACGAUCUCAUCGUAUACAAGGCUGAGGCUAAGAAGCUGGAGGACUCGUCUCUGUACCUGAACCUGCCUGCUACCAAGGUGGAGCUGGAGGAGAAGGGUUUGUCCGCUACAGGGAAGGGCACACACAACCUGGGCAACUGUACCAUCAGCAAGGACUCCUUCCAGAUAGCAACCCUGGUGUGUUCCACCAAGCUCACACAGAACGUGGAUCUGUUGGGUCUGCUGAAGUGGCGCUCCAACACCAGCCUGCUACAACAGAACCUCCGACAGCUGAUGAAGGUCGAGGGAGGAGAGGUCGUCAAGUUUCUGCAAGACACUCUUGAUGCCCUGUUUAACAUUAUGAUGGAGAACUCAGACAGCGACACAUUUGACACCCUGGUGUUUGAUUCCUUGGUAUUCAUAAUUGGACUGAUUUCAGACAGGAAGUUUCAGCACUUUAACCCUGUCCUUGAAACCUACAUCCGCAAGCAUUUCAGUGCUACUCUGGCGUACACGAAACUGACCAGGGUCCUGAAGAACUAUGUGGAGAAUGCAGAGAGGCUGACAGAACAGCUGCUGAAGGCCAUGAAAGCUCUGGAGUACAUAUUCAAGUUCAUAGUGCGCUCCAGGGUCCUCUUCAACCAACUGUAUGAGAACAAAGGAGAAGCAGACUUCAUGGAGUCCUUGAGGAAUCUCUUCACUUCCUUCAAUGAAAUGAUGAACCUCAACUCUGAGAACACAGGCAUGGUGAAGCUCCUCCUCAAGGGUGCAGCGCUGAAAUACGUCCCCACCAUCGUGAACGAUGUCAAACUGGUCUUCGAUCCCAAGGAGCUCAGUAAACUGUUCACAGAGUUCAUUCUGAAGGUGCCUCUGGGUCGUCUGGUCAAACAGAAGCUACACUGUCUCAUCGACAUCGUCCACAGUGAUCUCUUCACACAGCAUGACUGCCGGGAGAUCCUGCUUCCUCUGAUGACAGAACAGCUGAAGUUUCAUCUGGAGAACCAGGAGGAGCUGGAGGCCUGCUGUCAACUACUGAGUAACAUACUAGAGGUCCUCUACAGGAAGGAUGUGGGUCCAACUCAGUGGCAUGUCCAGAUCAUCAUGGAGAAGCUCCUGAGGACAGUCAACAGAACAGUCAUCUCCAUGGGCAGAGACUCUCCUCUCAUUGGCAGCUUCGUGGCCAGUAUGACUGCUACUCUGAGACAGAUGGAGGACUACCACUACACUCACCUGAUCAACACCUUCGGCAAGAUGAGGACCGACGUGGUGGACUUCCUGAUGGAAACAUUUAUCAUGUUCAAGGACCUCAUUGGGAAGAAUGUCUACCCUGGCGACUGGGUCAUCAUGAACAUGAUGCAGAAUAAGUGAGUAC